AUGCCCUCCGCUCAGGCCCCUCCUGAUGGCGUCCGCCGCACUUCGAACCGCAUGCCGGCAAAGACUGGCACGAGCCAUCCGUCACCGUCGCAGGUGUUCCGAACGCCUUACAACCUCCGCAGCGCACGGGCUAAGUACCUUGCCGAAGCGGUGCGACAUGGCGCCUACCUUCACAAUCCGACCGCCGACUUCGAUGCUCUGCUGACGACGCAGGCACCUCAGGGCUUGGGAAAUCGAAAAUCUCCUCGCUCCGGCUUCAACUGGGGCGACGACGGGCAGCAGGCAGAGCUCAGUAGCUCGUGGCGGGAAGUCCAAGUCAAGCCUCUUGUGGUGGGUCAGAAGAGACAGGAACCACCACAGGGAGCUCAAACCUCGUCCAAGCGCCAGAAAACGGAGCCUGCGCCCAACAGCAAUAGGCCCAAGAGGCCUAGAGGUGGCCGGCUGCUCAAGAAGCAUGGUGGCGAUGAGCAAUUGGCGCGAAAGGAAAGGCUUCAUGAACGGUCCUAUCUGCAGGGGGCUGUCUACCAGAACGCGGCCUUCUCUAUGGUGGAACACACCUCCCCGACUUCAACAGGAUGGCACGGCCUCCCACCUCCCGCCUGGGCGGAGGAAACCAUACGAAGAAAGUGGAGGGAGGGACAGAUCCAAGAUGUCGUCCAGACUUUCUUCCCUGUCCCCUAUGUGGAUGAAGGAAUGGCUGCGAAUCGGCCUACAAUUCUGCAGGAUCAAGAGGGUCACACGUUCUUCUACCGAACAUCGCCUGCAGACUGGUUGGGGCGUCAGCGGGAGGAUUUGGAGAAAGCCAUUGAGAGGCUCCUGCGACCAACACUCGACUCGGAAGCGGCAGCAAAGAAGCAUCGUGAUAACGGGCGUGGGCCGCAUCUGCCAUGCAUCAUUGGGCACUUCCGCCAGUACCAGAAGGCCCCGAAACUUACACUCUGGCACCGGGAGAACCAAGCCCGAGUGGAGGCUUUUCUUGAGGAGGAAGUUGUGAAAAGCAUAACGCGCUGGGUGACUUCAGUAGUGGAACUCAUGUUCCCAGGAGUUGCGGGGAGGUACAGAAAGUGUGCUGACUGGCACGAAAAAACCUAUGGGUUCCGGCCGCUAUUCGGGCUAUUCUUUAACCUCUGCAUCAACGCAUGCUUCCCAGGUCAAAGAAGGGUUCACUGCGCCCCCCAUGUCGAUGCUAAGAACAUUGUUGGUGUCUGCGUUCUGGUGAUCUACCAACUCGGUGAAACUAAAUUCAACCACAAAAGGAGGUCAUGGCUUGUCCUUUGGGAGGCAGGUGUUGCCAUAGAGCUCCCACCUUGGGUGCUGGCUGCCUACCCCUCUUCACUGCUCUUCCACUUCAAUAUUGACCUGACUGAUUUUGAGUUUGUCACUGCGCCAGAGGGGGAGCAACCUACCCGCCAAAACUCUGAGCCGCUGGUUGAAGGCGAUGAGCAGGGGCGCGGCAGCUUGGUCUAUUUCAAUGAGGCGACCAUGUACCAGUCAUCGGAGACAAACUGUGCUACACUCACAGAGGCGAAGAACAAAGGGCAUUCGGGUGUGGUGGACUAUGGGGAGUCUGUUCAGGAGGCUUUUGAAAAGUUCGGCACCCUAUGGCUGAUCUAUUAUACUUUGCCCUCAAUUCAGAAGGAUCUAAGUCUUUCUGUUGCAUGGCACUUCUCCUGUUGUUGUGCUCACCGGACAGACGCUCUAACAUCGAGUCACCAGCCGUUUGCAGCAUCGACUUUCCAUGGGGGGAUAAUUCCCAGGUAUCGCCGUGCUUAUUGGCGGCCGUGGAAGAGGAUGGUGCAGCUUUUGUGUGAUUUUGGUGGUGGGAUGAAUUUGGUCAAGCUGAGGCCGGAUCCUGAGGGCGAUAGGGUUGUGCAAAGGAUUUUGGACCAUGAUGAUACGGUCAUACCUAUCUUGGGAGAGAAGUAUUCGGAAUAUACCUCCGCACCGACCGAGGCGCUGUUGGACCAUUAUAUCGGGGAAGCUGAAGCCCUGAUGCAGUCAGAGGGGGAAGAAAAAGAGGGUGCUGUUGAAGAGCAGCCGGAGACAACGAAGGUGCCAGAGGAGAUAUUGGGGUCGAUGCGUGGAAAGGUUCCAGAGGACCAAGAAGAGGAGAUAAUGAAGCGCUUGCAUGAAUUCCAAGAGCAGGCUCCGGAGGAACUGGGAGAGUUGUUCGAGACGGUGCAGAAGAUGGAUAAUAUGACGUAG